AUGGACAAGGAGAUCCAGCAAAACAUAGGAUCAUCAAACCCUAAAUUUUCGGGUUUCUCAUUUCCUCAACCAGAAGGUCCGUUGUUGCAUUUGAAUAAUAAUUUAGAUAAUUUUGCUUCUAAUGGUGAUUAUGGUUUGGUUGAUGAAAAUGUGGGAAAUCAAAAUGAUGAGGCUGGACAAGAGUUCACCUUCCCCACUCAGCCAAGCAAUAAUGAAUUUAUGCAUAACGAUGGGAUGUCUUCUUUCUUGUCGUCGGGUGAUAAGAGUAAUUCUUUGACUAAUUUUGUCUCAGUCUCUGAGUCGUUGAGUCAAGGGUCAGAUUUUUUCAAUUAUCAGGGUAACUUUUCAAGUAGUUUUACUUCCGCUGCCCAAUCGAUGAGUCUAGAUAAUUCUCAUAUGUAUCAAGACAAUUUGACCUUAACUCAUCAAUCAAUUAGUCAAGGGCACAAUCUCUUUUCCCAACAAAGUAAUCUUUCGACAAUUUUUGCCUCUAACCCUCAGUCAUUGAAUCAAGAGGCUGAUAUAUCUUAUCAGAACUCUUUCACCAACUUUGCCUUCAAUACUUCCCAAUCAUUCAAUCAAGCGUCGCCAAAUUCAUCAAAUUAUCUGAAUACUCUUUCGAGGAAUUUCAACUCCACCCCUCAACCAUGGAAUCAUCAAGGUCUCAACCCCCAAUAUCCUCAGCCUAAUCUUGUAACCAAUAAUUUUUCCUCCCUCCCUCCACCAUUAACUCAAGAAUAUAACCCCCCCUAUCAGGCCAAUCUUAUAACCAACUUCUCCUCCACCCCUCAACCAGUAGGUCAAGUGCCUGAUCUAUCCUAUCACCAAGACAACUCUUCAACCAAUUUCUUCUUCACCCCUCAGUCGUUAAAUCAAGAGUCCUCGUUGGUCCACCUAAAUCAUGACAACCCUUCGUCCAAUUUCACCUUCACCCCUCAUCAGUCACUAAAUCAAUGGUCCUCGUUGCACCCCUCGAACCCCAACAACCCUUCGUUCAAUUUCAUCUUCGCCUCUCAGCCACUAAACCAAGGGUCCUCGUGGCGCCACUUAAACCAUGACAACCCUUCGACCAAUUUCCCCUUUACCUCUCAACAGCUAAAUCAAGGGUAUUCUCUGCCCUCCCAAAACCGUGACAACCCUUCAUCCAAUUUCACAACCCCUCAAUCGUUAAAUCAAGUGUCACCUUCGACCAAUUUCACCUUCACCUCUCAACCGUUAAAUCAAGCACCGUCGGCUCUCCCCCCAAACCCCGGUUUUAACAACCCAAAUGAAAACCUUCUAGGAUUCCCUAAUGAGAGAGACGAUUACUCCAACUAUCUCAUAGCCCAGGGAAGACUACAGUCGUCCCAAAAUGAUGAAGCUGCCCGUGCACCUUCCGUGCCGCCGUUUUCUUACAACCCCACGGUUGCCCAACAAAACCCUAACAAUCAAGGGUUCAACAUGGCUCAACCCUCCCCUGUUAUGCCCCAAAACAACAGCUAUACCUCGUUGUUGAAUAGCAUGAUGGAGGCUCCGACCAAUAACGCCGCUACCACUACACCACCUCAACCUCCAAGCGUGGACGUCGGAGGGCUGCUAAGAAGCGGCAACCGGUCGGCGGCGGCCGUGUUGGCAACCAAUACCCAAUUGUUUGGUAAAGGGCUUUUAGGUCAAUACCAAGCUUUGAGCAACAAUCUCACCAGAGGGUUUGGUCGUGGCUCCUUUCCAUAUUCCGGUCAAUAUAGAAGCAGCUGGAGAAAUGCAAUUCUGGAGAGCAUUCUCAUAGCGGCAAGUGGUCCGGAUCGGGGGAACAAGGCGGCGGCGGCCGAAGAGGUUAAGUUGGACGAGCAGGCCUUGCAGGUAGCCCUGGCCGCUGACUCUCUUCUGGACCUGCAGGGAGAGGUGGGACCGAGGUGGACGUUCCGUCUACCUCCCCACCUUGUGGCGGCCGCGGGCAACACGGGCCCCACCACGGGAGGAGGAGUGGCAGCCGUGGCAGGGACGGAGGCGGGGAGAAAGAAGGGAGGAGAGCGGCGAGGGAGGAAGAAGAGCAAAGGGAUAACUAUCAACGAGGGAGGGCGACCGCGGGAGACGGGGGUGAUCAUCAACGAGGGUGGGCGUGGAAAAGGGAAGGAGAAGGUGGGGGAGGGGGGCGUGCAAGGGGCGAGCAGAAAGGGGAAGGAGAAAGUAGGGGAGGGCAGCGUGCAAGGUCGGGGCAGGAAAGGGAAGGAGAAGGUGCACCCCAAUAUAGAUGAAGACGACGACGACGACGACACCUCAUAUGAGGAUGACGACAUUCCUUUUCAGGAUGACGAUUACAACAUGGCCGUCAUGCUCAACUGGCAUGAUUUUUACAACAGAAUACCUCCGGGCCAGACGUCGUUCCAGGGGCCACUACCACCACCACCACCAUCUGCUAAUUGA